GUUCUAUUCCCCCGACGCCAAGCCCACCAACGCCGAGAAGACGCUCCUCCUCCGCGUCAUCGGCAGCACCAAGCUUCCCUCGGAGCUCGCCGACGAGGAACGCGAUCUUCUCUGGACCUACCGCCACGUCGUGUACGGCGUCCGCCACGCGCUUCCCAAGAUCCUCUACGCGAUGGACCUCUCGCUGCCCUCCGAAGCCCAUCAAGCCGAAGCCAUGCUCGAGCAAUGGCCGCAGCUCCCCGUCGAAGACGCGCUGCAGCUUCUUGGGAAGGAGAUUCGUCUCCCCGCAGCGCGAGCCUACGCCGUUUCGCAAUUGGACCAACAGCUGACAGACGAGGAUUUGGAGCUGUUCUUGCUGCAGCUGGUGCAGGCGCUGCGCUACGAGGAAGAUCCGUAUCGAAAGGAGGAGAAGCAGAUCACCGUGGAGCGCGUGAUCCGCAUGGUCAAGCAGAAGUCCAGCGAAGUCAGCCCGGCGACGCUGUCGGACGAAUCGCCGCUGCACAGCGAGCCGGAGAAUGAAGCGGUCGACGAGCCGAGCCAGUCCGCGAACAAGGAAGUCUCGCUGUCGUCCGAAGGAGGCAUGAUCGAUGGCAGCGAGCUGAGCAAUUCGAUCGUCGAAGCGACGACGCAGCCCUCCAACCCCGAACCCAACCCUGAACCAGAACCAGAACCAGAACCAGAACCCGAAGUAAUCGACGAUGUGAUCGAAGGCACGAUCCAGGAAGUGCAGACGGUGACCGUGAUUACUCCUGUGUCGCCUCUGCUGCAGUUCCUGGUGAAUCGCUGCUCGGUGAAGCGGUCGCUGGCGUCGUUGUUUAUCCGUUAUCUCCGCGUGGAGGCCACCACGAAGGGAAACGACAGCGACAAUGCGAGUAGGGCCGCUCGGCGAAAGCGUGAGAAUGUAGAAUACGCGGAUAUGGAGAGCUGCUUCCUCUCGCAUCUCAAAGACCAACCGGAUUCCUCGGUGUACGAAGCCAUUCAGAAAGAAGACCGCAUCGUCGAGAUCGUUUCUCUUCUCUUUCUCUCUCAUCCCAGCUCUUCGGACUCAGCGACCGCAUCUCCGAGCUCGGCGGCCGCGCGCAGAAGAAGCAGGAGAACCUCCAGCUGCUGCUGUCGCGCGACUAUCGCGAGGUCCUCAGCGACCACCCGCUUCUGCCGAUCCGGCCCGAGCUGCCGCUGUCGCACGUGCUGCCGUCCACCGCGAAGGUGUUCCAGUCCGCGAUGA